AUGGCGCCUGUCAAGGACGGCGAGCCGCCGUUGCACAUACUCUUUUUCCCGUUCCUCAUCCCCGGCCACCUCAUUCCGAUGGCCGACAUGGCGGCGCUGUUCGCGGGUCGUGGCGUCCGGUGCACCAUCCUCACCACGCCGUUCCAAGCCUCCAUCAUCCGCUCCGUGGUCGAUCGCGCCAACAAAGACAACCCUACUUCACCGUCGAUCGAUAUCUCCGUCGUUCCUUUCCCGGACGUCGGGCUUCCGCCGGGCGCCGAGAGCGGCAUGGGCCUCGCGUCCCAGGACGAGCGCGACAUGUUCAAUCAGGCGGUGCGGCUCCUCCGGGAGCCCUUGGAGCGGUCCCUGGCCGAUCACCGCGCCGACCUGGACGCGGUGGUGUCCGACAGCCUCUUCCACUGGUCCGUGGACGUCGCCGCAGAGCACGGCGUCCCACGGCUCGGCUUCACCGGCAGCAGCAUGUUCGCCUGCUCGUGCUUCCACAGCAUGCUGCGUAACUGCAACCCGUCGGACUUGGACAACUUGCAGUCUCCAUCGUCUUCCUCCACCGACGGUGAGAGUGAUCCGGAGGCCGUGAUGGUGGCGCUGCCGGGACUGCCGCACCGCGUGGAGAUGAGGCGGAGCCAGAUGAUGAAGCGGCCAGAAGAGUGGGCCUUCUUCCGAGGUGUCGACGCCACGGAGCAGAGGAGUUACGGCGAGUUGUUCAACAGUUUCUGCGAGCUGGAGCCGGACUACGUCAAGCACUACCGCACGACGCUUGGACGCCGAGCGUGGCUCGUGGGGCCGGUCUCGCUCGCCAGCGGCAGCAUGGGCGUGGCGUCGAGGGGCACCGACGCGCUCUCGCCGGAGGCGGACGGCUGCCUGCAGUGGCUCGACGGCAAGCCGGCUGGCUCGGUGGAGCUGGCCCGCGGCCUCGAUCUCUCGGGCAGCAACUUCGUGUGGGUCAUCUCCGCCACCGGCGCCACAACAUCUUCAGAUGAUUGGAUGGCGGAAGGCCUCGCGACGGCUUCGCGUGGGUACAUCAUCCGUGGGUGGGCGCCGCAGGUGCUCAUCCUGAACCACCCAGCCGUGGGCUGCUUCGUGACCCACUGCGGGUGGAACUCGACGCUCGAGGCCCUAAGCGCCGGCGUGCCGAUGGUGACGUGGCCGCGGCACGCCGACCAGUUCCACAAUGAGAAGCUCGUCGUGGAGUUACUCGGGGCGGGGGUCAGCGUCGGUGCCAAGGACUACGCGUCGCUCACAGAGGCUCAUGCGGUGAUCGCCGGUGCGGUGAUUGCCGAGUCGGUUAGGAGAGUGAUGGGUGCUCAGGGCGACGCAAUACAGAAAAAGGCCAGAGACCUCAGCGCAAGAGCGAGGGACGCGGUGGAGAAUGGUGGAUCAUCGUACGGCGACGUCGGGCGGCUGAUGGACGAGCUCCUAGCAGCACAAUGUCAAUAUGUCAUCACCAUUUUGUCAGUCCCUGAUUGA